UCGUUAGUGGCAUAACUGCCACGCUAUCACUCUCCAUGAUAUUUUUCCUUAUCAAUCGUUUUCGACGUAAGAAGUUGAGGGCUAGAGAAUCAAGGCAGACGGCCGAAGAUCAACGUAGUAUUGUGGGAAGUAUAGGAUAUAUUGCUGGCAAUAUGGGUUAUAUGGAGGGUAACUUAAGUAGUAUGGAUUAUACUUAUGGUGGAGCAGCAACUCAUUAUCCUUUGUGGAAACCACCCAGUGGUUAUUUUCCUCGAGGCGAAGCACCGCCACCUUAUGAUGAGGCAGUGGCUAUAUCGCAAGCUGAAGCACUAAGUGCUCAGUGUGCUGCCGCUGCUGCUGCAGCACAAGUAGCUGCCAAUCAAAGAGCCACAAUGGGUAUGAAUACCGUUGAAAUGCAAAAUGCCGAUAUGAAUCGUAGAGCUCAAGCUACACAGCAAAUGCAGCAGAUACAACAUCAUGCUCAACCCCAGACGGCACAUUCACAACUCAACCAUCAGACAGCACAUGUAGUGCCCACUUUGCAGACUCAUGUCUUGGCUCCACAAAGUCAACAGUCCAAUCAGUCUCAUCAAAUCACUCAAAGUACCACAAAUUUAAUAAAUAUCAAUAUAAAUAGUGGUGGCAAUAUAACCACCAUAGCCACUGGUGAAAAUCACCAGCCACCUUACAGCUUACAAGAUGAAAAUGCCCCUAAUGGCGGUUUAAUGCAACAGCAAUCCUCAGCCAUGACUAACCAACAGUUGCAAAUGCAACAGCAGCAACAACAGUUGAUAGCCGCCACAACAAAUGGUUCAAAUGGUCAGGCUAAUGGAAGGGUGCAUAUAGCUCAAAGUAAUUCUAUUUGUGUGCAAACCAUGACUCCCAUAAAUCAGUCCACACAACAGCAGCAGCCGCAACAACAGCAAAUGCCUGCUAACCAGAGUGGUUUGCAAUCAGCUCAACUUAUGACUGCUAAUAUUACGGGCAAUAAUACGAAUACUUUGUCCCGACAAACUCAGAAUCUUGUUAUGAAUUCUAACAAUGAUUGUGGCUACAAAAAUUGUCAUUUGAGCAGCAACAAUUCCACUAAUACAGUUUCGCGACGUUUGCAAAGAAACCAGGAACCUCUGCAACAGUAUGUAGUCGAUGUAGAGGUAAAUGUGGGUAAUAACAGCAAUCGCGGCUAUCAUUCAUUGCCACCCUGCAACAAUAGUUCACCUGGCGAAUUGGAGGUAAUAGCUUCACCUACCCAAUUUAGCAACACAUCGCCUUCUAUAGCCAAUGCCAUUUCAACACCUGCCAUAGAUCAGGUGUCAGCAAAUCAAAGUACAGAUGCAAAUAAUACCACCAACAAUCUAGACAACUGUACACAAUUUACUAAUACUGGUCACAACACUUUACCCUUGCAGCAUAACCAAACCAAUAAAUCGUCUGCAAGUGCAGGCAGUUCCAUGAAAACUACAUCUUCGGCCAUCAAUAAUAAUUCCUCCACUUCAUCUUCUUCUAAGCGUUAUCAUCGUACAAUGCCUCGUUAUUAUACAGUGGCUGAUCCACUCUCCUCGCGGGAAGCUGUUCCCACAAAUACUCUCAAUACUGCCAGUAAGUCCUCGAAAACGGAAGUAAAACUUACAACCAACAAUAUCACGAACAGCAGUAAUAAUUCAUCUGCAAAUUCUUCGUUAUCCUCGAAAAAGCCCACAUGCCAGUGUCCCGUACAGCAUGUACCAAUGUCCUAUAUGGGCAGCACACAACUAACAAAUGCUCAAAAUGUUUCCAAUAAUGCUUUCUUUACCGUUUUAAGCAAUAAGCUAGGCUCCUCCUCCUCCAACAAUUCGCCUACAUCUACUCAACAACAACAGCAGCAGCAACAUUCUUCGCAACGUCUACAAACGAACUCGAAUACAAAUUCUCUUAAUUACCAGCCAAGACCUAAGUCAUCACAAAGUUUAAGUCAUACAACGCGUGAUGGUGAUAAUAUCAAUUUGUCCGGCAAUAAUACCAUUAAACGUUCUUUAAAUUCCCACUGCAACUAUGAACCUAAAAUAGCCACCAUUUCUACGGGGGAAUUGCAAAAUUCCACCUCGAAUGCUCAGUCCCAACAUCACCAACAACAACAGCAGCAGCAACAACAACAGCAUCAUCAUAACCACAGCCAUAGUCAUGCUCAUCAUCAUGGUCAUCAUUCAUCGUUGCUACCGCCACCACAGCAUCAUGAUGACUCUUCGCCUAUUGUAUUGGGACGCGUUACAAAACGCUCCAGCAGCAGCAGUAGUGGUGAUCGUUUACGCAGUGCCAGUAGUGGUAGUACUAGAAGUUCAGUGGCCGAAAGUGUUGGUAUAACAUCGCCAGCAGCUGCUGCUUAUUUGAAUAGCAAGGUUGAUGCCUAUUUAAAUUUUGCACACGGGACAAAUCAUCAUUUGAAAGCUAAUGAUUUGAUAAAUCCAGCAUUACCACCGAAACUACACAAAAGUUUAACGAAUUUAAAAUCAACUGCUACAUCAACAACAACAUUAACAGCGUCUUCGGGCACAUCUUCAUCGGCAACUAAUACUAAUAAUCAUCGUAAAACUCACAAUAACAAUGAUAAUGCUGCAAACAUAAAUAAUUCCAACACUACCUCUACAAUUUGUAAUAACUUUUCAUCAUCAUCAUCCUCUAAUGCAACAGCCAACACAACAUCUGUACAAACCAUUUACACUUUAAGCAAACCACAUCAUUCUUCAUUAUCACCAGCCAACAAUACCAAUACCACUACCAUUAUAGGUUUAACACCCUCAAGUCAUACUGCUGCUGCAAAUCUUUUACAUGCUCGUAAAUCGGAACAUGAUCAUAUAAUGAAAAUCUCACAACAACAACCGCCUUCAUUGACUUUACCCUUGAGUACUACGUCAACAAUUUCAUCAUUUACCAGUUCGACUAGUAAAAUAAAUUCUUCAACAUUUUAUCCCUUACAAAAUAAUGUUACUUAUACGCUGCCAAAGAAUAUUGGAGGUAAAAUGUCUCUUAAUUCCACCAUAAAUAGUGUGGUGAGUAAGGUACCAUCGGUUAUAAGUUUGCCCUCAUCGACGGCUGGUAAUGAUGUUUUAAAUUCAAAUAAUAAUUAUAAUAAUGGUGGUGGUGGCGGUGGUGGUGUUGAAAAUCAUAAUUAUCAUUCUAGUUUACAUCAUCAUGCGCUUAAUGAAGCAGCUGCAGCAAUAUCAAAAAGUACUACACUGCCAAAGAUUUUACGUACAAAAAGAGAUUUACAUAAUACCAACAAUUCAACACAUCACAAUUCCUCUGCUAAUAAUCCUACAUCCUCUAAUAACUCCUCUUCAACAGCCAAUAGUACUAAUAAUACAUCAACAACAUCAAAUUAUGCGGUUUCUCAAUGUUCUAUGCCCGCCUAUCCCAAACAGUAUUCCUCCAUCUCUUCUUCUUCUGCUGCUAAUGCUGCUGCUGCCACAUUGUCAUCUUCUAGCCAACAACAGCAACAACAACAACAAAAUCAAACUACUAAUUCACAUUCACACACAAAUUCUAGUCCACAAUCACAGCAGCAGCAACAACAACAACAGCCCACUAACAUUAAUAUGCAAACCCAAACAAUAACCUCCACUUUGGCAGCUAAUUAUUGUCCAGAGGAUUCUCAUUUAAAUCCACAUCAUCUUAAUGGCAGCAACUCCACUAACACCACCAAUACCACCCAUUCUUCUAACAACUCAAAACAAUUACCUGUUUGUACUACUUCCAAGAAUUGUUUAAAUCCCAAAGAGCAUUUUCUACCCAACGACACAAGUUUAGAUGACGAUUAUCUAAGUGAAUGUGAAAAUUGUAAAAUCGCUCAAAGCUCUAAAUAUUAUUUAGAUGCUGAGGCAUUAGCCUCCGGCCCCCAAGAGACAAUGACAUUACAACGUAAAUCAAUGGAGGAAUGUAAAGAGGAACCAGAGACAGGCUAUUAUCGUAUAUCACAUACAUUGCCAACAAAUUCGAAAAAGAAUGCUUCUUAUUUUUCUUAAAACCAUAUUUUACAGUCCCGUUAAGAGCAACAAUCGCGAACAAUGGUUUUCAACAAUACCAGCGGCUAGUUCAUCCUCUGAGGAAGAUAUUAAUGAAUGAGAUUUAACACAUUUUCUUUAAAAAUUAUUCAAAAUGAAAGAAAAUCAACAACAACCACAACCACAAAUCAGCAUUAUUUACACACAUUAACAAAAAAAAUAAAGAAAAAAUAAAAAACCAAAGUUAUAUUCAAACAAAAUAGAUGUUGUUAAUUUUUAAAAGUAAAAAAAAAUA